UAAAAAAAUCGCGAAUUUUCAUUUUGCAAGCAAAAUAUUGAUUAACCUCAGCUAAUUUUAGCUGUUGUAUAAAAUUUUACGCUUAUCAUAAUGUGUUGUGGGCUGUAAUGGACUGAUAAUAGUAGAUAUUAUUAUGUUUAAUAAAUUAUUUAGUCGAUUAUUUGUUGUGUGUGUGUAAAUAGUAAAUAUUUGUUCUGAUAACAGGAUGGGAAACACCAGUAAAAAGCUGGCAGCGAAAUGUACGUUACUAACGAAGGAAGAACAAAAGUAUGUGGCGGCUACGUUCAGAGCCGCCAGCAAGAACUCGGAAAGGAUCCGUGAGGACGACCUGAUAGUGAGUGGCAAAGUAGAUGCCGUGUUGCUAGAAAAAUUCUGGGGCCCCCAAAUAGACCCUCGACUAGCGCAGUACUUAUCGAACUUCCUCUUCGGGUCAGGCCAGCAGAAGUCGCCGUCGGUCGACUUCAAUAGGUUUGCGGAGCUGUACGUGUAUAAUGUAAGAGGAACAGUGGACGAGAGAAUGAUGGUCACAUACAACAGUUUAGGGAAGGAUUAUAACGAAACCGUCGAGUUGCCUUAUCAAUUAUUAAGAGAGUACUGCGAGAGCAUAGCAUCAACGUACAUAAAGAUACUAAAGUCGUCGACUUCGCAUCGCGCGCGCACGUGGAUAGAGAAAGGCUUCCGAGGCAAGGCGUCACACGUGCAAGCCUUGGGGGAGGCGGUCGCUGCCACGGUAGGGGGGGAUUUGGACUCCCCCCAUCAUCACUGUACAGCAGACCAGCUGUCUAAAUGGCUCCAAACCAACAUUCUGCUGAAGCAACUGGCAGAGCUGGUGUUCGUGAACCUCUACGGCAUCAACAAGAAGGCUGGCGAUGAGAGUCCCACGCCGCUACCACCUUCUAUGCCUUCUCUGCUUCCAAUUCCUGAGGGUCUAGACGCCAUGCCGGACUACCCAGCGUUCAUUGACCUGUCCCACAUCGUGUGGCUGAACAGCCAUCUGCCGCAGAAGCAUCAGCACAAGUGGCGGUUUCUGUUCUCUUCUCAUAUACAUGGAGAAUCUUUCUCGACUAUGGCUGGUCGCAUCCAGGACCAGGGUGCAUCAGUACUGAUCUUAGAGGACAAUAGCGGGCAUAUAUUUGGAGGCUACGCCCCGGUCUCCUGGUCUAUAGGACCCAACUUCACAGGCGACGAAGAUUCGUUCCUAUUCGCGCUCGCGCCCAAAAUGCGGGCUUAUCCCUCCACCGGCUACAACGAUCACUAUCAGUACCUUAACCAUCACACGAAAACGCUGCCCAACGGUUUGAUAAUGGGCGGGCAGUUCGAAUUCGGCGGCAUUUGGAUCGAUGCGGAUCCGUUCGGCGCAGGCGCCUCCGCUGAGUCUUGCAGCACCUACCGCGGCUACAAACGACUUAGCAAGGAACCCACCUUCCGUAUCAGGAGUUUGGAAGUGUGGGGGGUCGGAGACAAGCCCGUGGUUAAUAAGGACGAGGGGGCCAUAGCAUAUUCCUGCAGCACCUACCGCGGCUACAAGCGACUUAGCAAGGAACCCACCUUCCGCAUCAGGAGUUUGGAAGUGUGGGGGGUCGGAGACAAGCCCGUGGUUAAUAAGGACGAGCGACUUAGCAAGGAACCCACCUUCCGCAUCAGGAGUUUGGAAGUGUGGGGGGUCGGAGACAAACCUGUGGUUAAUAAGGACGAGCGACUUAGCAAGGAACCCACCUUCCGCAUCAGGAGUUUGGAAGUGUGGGGGGUCGGAGACAAGCCCGUGGUUAAUAAGGACGAGUACGCCGGGUCGAACCAGGCCAGCGUGCUCAAGACACACAAGUCCGAAUACAAGAUGCUGCAGAUGAUGGGCAAGCCAGUCGGAGAGACCAAUUUUUGA